AAACGAAGUCGAAACUAACCUGGGCCCAACGUUACUGACCUGCGUGGAAAAAAUGAGCGAUACUCUGCAAGCCAUCGAGUACAGGCGACUAGUGGCCUCGGUCGCGUCCCACCUCAUCCCCGAAGAAGUUGAACGAAUUAUCUUUAUUCGUAGAGAAAAGCUUGAGGCUUUACACGUAUGCGGCGAUGAAGAUACAGCGUCGGCGCUACAUACGCUUGCGGCUCUCGAGCGCCAGGGCGAGUUCUCCCUCCAAAACAUCGACGGCCUCACAGAGAUCGCCAAGGACGUCAAUCGUCACGACCUCGUACGACUGAUCGAUGCGUACAAGAAGACUCGUUGCCUGGCAAAAAAGCCGCCCAAAAUACGAGCCCGGAAACUACUCCGAAAGAGCUACUACGGGGGCUCUUCCUCUGCAAGGUCGAGUAGAGAGCGAAGUCACUUGGAAGCGACGUACGAGAUGAUGGUGACGCGUUUCACGUUCUUGGAACAGCAGAUGAGCCUCGUACCGCGGCUACUGGAGGGCGAGGGAGACAUUCAGGACGAGGGAACGGUUAUACUGAUGAGCCUAAAGUGCGCAUCGGAAGAGCUUGCCACCAGGUUGGCCGACGCGUUCGAGUACUUUCAGGAAUUGAGUGACGGAGGGAGCCUUCGGGGGAGCUAUGAGGACCUUAGGAGGACUAACAGCAACGAGAGCAAAGAUGAUCAACUGUCACCUGAUGCAGAGGUCAUAUAUGAUAGGCCGACACUUUGUGCUCAGCCGGCAGAGGUGAUCUAUGACAGACCCACACAUCCUCCACAACCUGCAGUUCAGAAUUCAAAGCAGCUUCUUGUGCGACCACCAAUUGCGAUGGUAAGUAGGCGAAGUCAAAUGCUGGAGACUCGUGAAGGGACUGGCUACGCUAGACCGGACGAGGACACAGACUUUACUGGAGACAGUGGGUUCAGCUCCUCCUCCAAGUACAAUGAUGACUCUGAUCCUUAUUGUGUGGUAGAUCUGUGGAGGAGACCUCCACCUAACACACUGGCUCCACAGAAGAAAGUGCCAGCUACGGACAGUGAUCACGGCUACAUGGCAGUCUGUACUGCCAGUCUUGAUUCAGAUCCUGUGUAUGAUACAGUGCAGACACCUACCAAAACAUGAAUUGUCGCUAUGAACUGUCAUUACUUCAAUGUUCAUCAUAACGUUAUUCGUGUGCGCAUGCAUGUGCGCACGCUACCGCGCACAUCUGUGCGCGCGCCGCCAUCAGAGAGCAGCGUCACGUAUGAUAACUCUCGUGAAGACACACAUAUCCAGCACAUAGCUCCUUUGCACUGCUGGCGGUGCAAAGAAAGUCACUGUAGCUAACACACCAUCUUUAAACGCGCAGAAUGGAGCCCUCCGUGGGCGAGAUCCUCUUUAGAAGAACAGUCUCCAACACCUUCCGUAGGCUAAGUUUACAAGACGUACAACAGAUAGCCUACGUACGACUCACUGGACGCGAAGACACCAAGAGGUUCAGUGCCGCUAAACCGCAAGCGACGUCUCUAGAUCUGAUGGAAUCUCUUGAACAAUACGGAUAUUUCUCACGAGAAAACGUCAAAGGACUAGCAGAAGUGUUGAAGGACGCAAAUCGCACAGACUUGGCGGAAGAGAUUGAGAGAAAACUGUGCAAACCCGUCAAGAAACCGCGAAACUCGACGGCAGUUGCGUCACCUACCGUAGAAUCUCCGAGCAGGCUCGAAGAUUCCGGGCAGGUGACAGACGAGGAGAGAAGACGCGGGGAGAGAACACCGGCACCGUCGCUUCAUUGUGGAAGAGGAGCCAGAGCGCUGCCUGGUCCUGGCCAUAAAAUUUCCCCGUCACCAUCCGCAUGUGUGUGUGCAGGUGUAAAAGGUGGCGGGCAGAAGAAAGUCCCUCUUAUGCCACCUCUAGUGGCUCUGAAGAAGGCAACACAAGAGACGGACUCACAAUCAAAGAUGCCAGUCAGACAACAGCUGGUGACGCUGGAGGCACAGCAAUCACCAGUGAAAGGAACUACCUAUCCUCCCUCCAAACCUGGUGAGACUCAUGAUAGCUUCGUAU